GUCAUGACAGUUGCAGGUGUAGCUUGUAUUUGUGUUUCGGCCAGGAUUCAUCUACAAAAGCUUUCCUCAAAAUACCAGCAUGUAAAAUGCUUUCAUCACCAAUGUUGCGCCAGAAGGAACUUUGUAUCACAAGAGAAGCCGAACUCUGGCCAAAUUAACGUUACACUAACAGGGUUGGUGUCUGUAAGCAGACGACAUUUUCACAAGACUCAACGCCGGUGUUUGGCGCAGGUGAUUGACGGCAGGUCCAUAUCAGCAGAGGUCCACAAUGAGGUGAAGGCUGACCUGCAGACGCUGGUGACAGAGAGAGGCAGGCCGCCUUCACUGAGUGUGAUUCUGGUGGGUGAAGACCCUGCCAGUCAGAUCUACGUCAGGAACAAGGUCAAGGCUGCAUCACUAACAGGUAUUCAGAGUGAGGAAGUCAAGCUGCCUGCCUCUGUCUCCCAGACUGACCUUCUCACCACAAUACAACACCUGAACUUGAGAACUGAAGUGGACGCGAUUCUGGUGCAGCUGCCUCUCCCGCCACACAUAGAAGAGCGCGUGGUCUGUGAUGCUGUAACGCAAAGUAAAGAUGUGGACGGCUUCCACGUCGUCCAUAUGGGUCGUCUAUUAUCUGAUGUGGACACCAUCUUACCUUGUACGCCAGCUGCCGUACUAGAGAUACUGAGACGCACAGGUAUAGAGACCUGUGGGAAGAAGGUAACACUAGUAGGGCGAUCCAAGCAUGUGUGUUUACCUCUGGCUAUCUUACUACAAGCAGACAGAUCCAAGUUACCCACAGGAGGUGAUGCCACAGUCACGAUAUGCCACCGAAACACACCCCAAGAGUUGCUGACACAGAGCACACAAAGUGCUGACAUCAUCAUAUCAGGAACAGGCAUCCCCAGGCUGAUCACUGGGGACAUGGUGAAGGAAGGAGUUGCAGUCAUAGAUGUGGGCUUUUCAAUGUCCUACAAUCAUGAUACAGGCAAAUCUAAACUUGUGGGAGAUGUUGACUUUGAAGGUGUGUCGCAGAAGGCCACUUACAUCACACCUGUGCCUGGAGGGGUGGGGCCUGUUACAGUGGCAAUGCUUAUGAAGAACACCCUACGAUUGGCUAGGGGAGACUUUCGCACACUUCCUGUCUACAUGUAGCAGUA